AGGCGGAGAGGCGCGGAGCUUUUUAUCUGCAGACCUGGAGGGAGGGAUCUAGGUCCCUGCGAUCUCACCCGAAGGGAGCGUUCUGGCCGGUGGCAGCCGCGGUUCUCCGCUGCAGAGUUUUGCGUCCGCGUCCGCACCAGCCCAGAGUCCGAGGGGGCAGACGGUGCGUCCCGGCGCGACGAGAGGAUGGUCAUCCGUGUAUUCAUCGCCUCCUCCUCCGGCUUCGUGGCGAUAAAGAAGAAGCAGCAAGAUGUGGUUAGAUUUCUGGAAGCCAACAAGAUAGAGUUUGAGGAGGUGGACAUCACCAUGUCAGAAGAACAGAGGCAGUGGAUGUACAAAAACGUGCCCCCAGAAAAGAAGCCCGCUCAGGGCAACCCUCUGCCGCCCCAGAUAUUUAAUGGUGACCGAUACUGUGGAGAUUAUGACAGUUUCUUUGAAUCAAAGGAAAGCAACACAGUCUUUUCAUUCUUAGGCCUGAAAUCACGGUUGCCAUCAAAGGCAGAACCUUAGAGAAGACAAGUGGAAGAUGAUGGAGAUGCAUUUUGGAGCGCCCCCGGUACUCAGCGCACACCUGCUUACCUAAUGCAUCACUGUGACAAAAGCCACAUGCAUCAUCAGUAACUUUGCUUGCAUUUGGAAAAGGUGUUCUUGGAAGACAUGGGUAUAAUGGGAUUGCAUGAUCACUUUAAACCAAAUCAGAACUGUGGUGGGUUUUUUCUUAUUUUCAGAAUUGCCUGCAGUUGCCUCACUCACCUGGAGGUACUAUAACCUGUUACAGGUGUGCUUCCUUAAUGACUGAAAGAUAAGUGAGCGGCACCCUCAGAGAGAAAACGUUGGCUCUGUCCUAGGUUGUAGUUGAGGCCACUGUUGCUUUGACCUUCUUCUCUUUAAGCUGCCUGGGUUGAAUCCUUAAAUUAGUCUGCCAGGAAAUAAGAGUCUUCUGAUCAGAAAGAAAAAAAAGAAAUGUUGGUUGAUAAGGAAUUAAGAUUUUCGCUGCAAAAUCACAAAUGUCACUUUCAGUGCUUUGUAAUGACACCUACAGAAAAAGUUGGAUGUGCUAGGCUCCUUUUGGUAAUGUAAACUCUUACCCCCAUAAAUCCUCUAAGCACCCACAGAUGUUUCCAAAAAUCACUGUUGCAACUAUUGUGUGAUCAGAAUCAAAUUACAUGAAUGAAAAUAAUCGCUAUUUUGGAAAAUAGAUGCUUCUUUAUCUCUUGCAAGAGGAAAUUUUCACCUAAAUGCACGAAACUGUUUAAAAGUAUAUUUUAAGAGGUGCACUGAUUAGAUAGUAAAUUUAUAGGAAAAGUACUUGGCUCAUAUCUGAAGGCAUUUUCAGCUCUAGCAACUUAUACAUAAGUGCACAUAUAUUUUUUAAAUGGAGCUACCCUGACUAACAGCUGCUUAUUCUAUUUUGUGAAGGGAUUAUAUUUUUUUGAGUAAGGAAGAUCUUGGUUAGAUAUAUUUUGUGAACCCUUGAUAAGGCAUAUUAAAAGAUGCUAAUAUUGCUGCACAAUUCUUUUUUUUCUGCCUUACUUUCCCUUGGUUCUUUAACUUUACUAGUUCAUAUUUCUGGCCAAUGCACAGUCUUGGAUUUUUCAGAGUAAUGUACAUACAUGUUCUUAUUCCAUAUAUGAGCUCAGUGAGUUUCCAGAGCAGCAUAUAUGAGAAAGGGGCUGCUGGGGAUAAAUCUGAAUUGUACUUGGCAUGCAAAAUCUUUACUCCCUUGGAGUGCAUGCUGAUAAACACUAAACAUGUCUAUUUUAUUAGGGCAGAGGCUACUUUUUUACAUCCUUGUUCCUGCUUACAUUUUUUAGAGUUUUUAGUUGCCAACCAUGAGAAGAGUUUUGAGUAGGACAUUAUUACCAGCAGGCUACCUAAAAUAUUCCGCUAUUCUCAGCACCCUGAUGCUGGACCUUCCGUUUAGAUUCUGAGCAGGGCAUUGAUAAGAAAUUGAAAGAACAGAAGAAUUAAAGCCCUAUCACAUGUGUUCUCUCACCCUCCGACUUGCUAAAUGUGGACUUGUUGAAUGCAAAAGCUAAAAUCCUAGACAGAUUUGUAGCCCAGCACUGCAAUCAGGAGAAAAGCAUGCCACAGAUUUCUGCUAGACUGGGACACAUACACGACCCACAGUUUUCUCUCCAAGGAAAGCUGUUGUGAAAUCAUGGGUAUUACUGCUUAGUUGGCAUUAAAGAAGAUCUAGGUCAAAUCCAUUUGAUAAAUCCCAGGGACUAUCCAGGAUUUUUUUUUUAACUGGAUAUUGUGUUUGAGUAUGUGAGUCUUCUGAUAAGACUUAGAAUUUCUUUUUAAGCUACAGCAAUUAAAAAAAUUUUAAUGUUGCAAUGAUCUAAUUUAUAUUGUCUGCUCUUGCCAGUGCGCACCAAAAACCAACUUGUUAAGAUUGAGACUUUGUAAGUUAAAUUCUGGGGUUAUAGGUUCAAUACAAUCAUUGCUAGACAGGGAAAGCCACUUAGAUUUGUCUUAAAAUUUUUGAAUUAUUACGGCUAUUGUAGGCCCAGUGCAGUUCUUCUAAACAGAUGAAUAGUAGUGCUAAAUUACUGUCACAGUUACACAUCAUCUACUCCUCACCCUACCUUAUUUUUUUCUUUUUUGGUCAGUGCAAAGAAAUAAGAGAGACCAGCCUCGGCUGUACUUGUUUUGUGUGAGCUAGAAGCACAUUGUGUGGCGUUAACGCAGCACCACAGCACCCAGGCUCUGCAGAGUACUGAGGGAUUGCCCUGUGGAACCACACUGUCUUCAGAGAAUAUUGGGUCCUUACUUGUACUAUUUUACCAGCUGAAUUUCAAACAUGUAAUGGUUUACAUGUUCCCUUCUUGAACUAGCUGCCUUUAGAUUUAGAUAAUCACAGUCUUAAAAGCCUAGGAAAGAAAUGGGUGGGGAUUGCAGGCUUAGCGGUAAUGUCAAGGGCAUUUCAAGACAGGAUUUUUAUAUCCUGUAGUAGGCUUGUUGGGACAAAGGAAAUAUGCUGCCAGAAAUCCAAGUAUGCCAUUUUAAAAUUAGAUAAAAUACACAGUGCCAUCCUGCUAGGUAUAUGCGGUAUAUGCAGACCAGAAGGAAAUUUUGUUGGGGAAAAAUUUGUGUGUUGUUGGUGUUCUGGUGUUCUCUUAAAAAUCAAAUAGAAAAGGAAGAUUUUUUUCUCAGACUUUAAUAUAUUUUAGAUUUGUUUCUGUUUUAUAGAUUUAUUCAACAUUCCCACAUAGAUGUUUUUGUAUUACAUGGAUUUAUAUGAACUAAACCUAUUUUUUCCUGUUAUUGAAAGGUACCAAAGUCUCUUUUUUGUUUGUUUGUUUUGGUUUUUUAAAAUUUGAUUUUGCUACAGAGGGUUUUGCUUUUCCUAGAAAUGCUUUUCAUUAUCAGCUUUUCCUAAGUGUCAGGGCCACUUUGAUCUGCAUAAUUGUUAUUUUUAGAUUUCAAUUUGUAUGCAUUUGUCCCUAAAGGCAUUGGUGAAAUCUCAGAUUUUAUAUUCAACAUUAAAAAGGAAUAAAUUCCAGAAAACACAUAUUCUGAAAA